AUGGCGGCACGCGCACCUUUGGGUACUGGGACGCGCCCAUACCGAGACUACCUGACGCCCUCGCUCCAUACAAGAUUUAUAAGAGCUAGCAGAUACACCAUUUUGCUCUGCUAUGCCAUUGCGUGUUGGAUGGGCGAGUGGAACAGCUUACUAUGGUUAUGGCUUCCUUUCGGUCCCACUGGCAUUCGAACGCUUCUCCUAUUCAUCCCCGCCCUUACAAUAUACCUGCUUCGAAUCGCGCAAUGGCAUGUUGGCCAACGACAGACUUUGACGCGCGCCGAAACCUUCCAGAAGUACUUCUUCAGGAAGAACACACUUCUGACCCUAGCCUUCUACGCAUUCUCUGCCUGGCUAUAUAACGAGGUCUACACAUGGUCGCGCACCGAGAAGGAUAAGCUCAAUUUCACCGAGCUAGGGCGCGCUCAUGAGAGGCUCAAGCUGAAUGAGCGGCCACUAUACCUGCGCUUCUUGUUCUUCAUACUGGCGGUCGCCCAAACUGGCGUGCAUUUGUGGAAGGACUACGACCGAAUCGACGUGCCGGCCAUGCAGCCCAAGAAGCUUGGUGAAGGCGUAACAGCUGAGACACCGGUAAAGAGGGGCCCUAAGCCAAGGAUGGUGCUCGUGAAGCAGCUGCAACCUAUGUUUCUCACUUCAGCAAGCCUGGCAUUGCUUGUUACUGUUGCUGGAUCUACUUUUUACUUCGUCGGACCCCGCCAUCUGAUUUGGGAGUACUACUACAGCUUCAGCCGAUACUUCAUCAGCUUAUCAAAAACCUCCAAGCCUACUGGACUGGCGCCGUUCGCACCUUUGGUAGCCAAGUUCGUUAUGGAAGGAACACUGCUUGUGCUUCUGUGGGAGUUCGUCAACAAGGCCUUUGAUUUGUACAUUGCACAGGAGCCACUGAAGAACGAUAAGCCCAUCACCAGCGAUUCCAAGGAUCCUAACGGAACGCUGCUGAACGGUCUGAAGUCGAACAAGGAGGCCAACAAGGCUAUGGCAUUCUGGGAGUUGGCCCUGAUCACAGACGCAUUCCCUGACCGCCGCAAAACCAUCUAUGCUGAAAUGGAACGGAAGAGAGCUCCAACUUUCCAGCAGAUCGCCGACUUCUGUCUUGCGGAGAUCAAUCUCCUCAUCGACCGCCUGAACGUUGGUCUUGACCCCACUUAUCAGUCUACAGCUGCCUCCUCUGCGCCGCAACCGACGCCAUCCGUCAACCUCGUUCCUCAGAUCUCCCAGCCCCUCAAGGAUGACAAGCCGGUCGUGGCACUGCCACCGAAGCCUAGCACGAAGUGGGAGCACUUCGAAGCUACAACAUCUAGCAUUGCCAAAAUGCACAGUUCGCCGGGUAAUUCCCAGCAAGCAUAUGGUCGUGAAGCUAUCAACAAGGGCCUGAAGAAAGCCCAAGAAGGCGCCCAGCAAGCCGAGUCCGUCGCGUCGACCGCAUCUACCAAGAUCCUCUCGUCACCCUUCGGCUACGUCUUCAGCCACUCUCUACCGCGUAGGGCAAAGCUCGUCGUCCUCGGUGCGCCGUACUCCCGCGUCUCGCUGAUCUGCAACGCCAUUACCUCGCUCACCAACCUCGCUGUAUUCUCCAUCGCCGAAGACGCAAUUGGACGGUUCCAUGAGAGCGUGCCAGCCAUCAUCCGCAGUUUCACCGCUGCCAUCAACAAGAUCGACGCCUACAUGGCCAUCCUCGAGGUUCACUGGAGCGACAAAGAUACAUUGGCUAAGCCCGAAGCGGAGCGCAAGAAGGUUCCAGAGGUGGAUCAGGUCAAAAAAUGUUUGCAGAAGGGGUUGCAGAACGUGCUCGGCAGCUUCGAGAAGUACCUGGGUGGCAUGGGCAUGAGUAUGCUUGAGAUCUCAGAUGCGAAGAAAGCGACCGCAAUUGCGAAGCAGCCGGAGAUGAUACAGGCUCCGACUGCCCGUUAAAGGAAGCAGUCAAACAGGUGCACAAUUUGUGCAUACUUGACCACUCGACAUGUUAGAAGGAAGAACGUAUACGUUGAUACCCAAAUGUUGAAGUUUGCACAAGUACAAUCCCAAACUAUGGUAUGUUGGAACCUUUCACUGCCAUCAUCGGAUAUGUAGUUGUUAUUUUUACAUUCG